AUGGAAACUGCUCCACCAGUCUAUUCUAAUAUUGAACUUAUCUGUCAAGGUGCUGAAGCGCGUCUAUUCCGAUGUUUGUACUUUGGCCAUCGUGCUAUACUCAAAGAACGUUUUGUUAAAACAUAUCGCCAUCCUGAUCUUGAUCAGACAGUAACACUUCAACGGCUCAAAGGAGAAGUACGUUUAUUGACACGUGCCAAACAAUUAGGCAUUCAUACACCGGCCAUCUAUCAUAUCGAUUGGGCUAGACGUGCAAUUAUUAUGGAAGAUUUACAUGAAGCACGUACUGUAAAAUCUGUUAUUGAUCAAUUGAUUCAAGAACAAAACACUGCUCAACUUGAAAACUUAGCACAACAAAUUGGUGCCAUUAUAGCACGUCUUCAUCAAGCACAAAUCGUACACGGUGAUUUGACAACAUCAAACAUGCUUUUGAAAGACAAUGGUCAACUUUAUCUCAUUGAUUUUGGUUUAAGUGCACAUGUAACAAAUAAGGCUCAAAUGCUUGAAGCUCUUGCUGUCGACUUAUAUGUUUUGGAACGAGCUAUCAUUUGCACACAUCACAAAGCAAAACAUUUUUUUUCGAAUAUUCUUUUGGCAUAUAAGAGUUCUAUUAGUGAUGAAAAAUUGCGUACAUUAACAAUGCAUAAAUAUGAAGAAGUACGUGCAAGAGGACGAAAACGAAGUAUGGUCGGUUAG